CGUGUGUGUCAGCGUCUGCAUGGACAUAUAUCUGAGCCUGACAUUCCAGUUUCACCUACAGCCACACAUUCCUUUCAGUUCACAUCAAAGCAGCAGGGAGAGAGAGAGAAAGGGAGGGAGGGAGAGGGAGAGAGGCAGCGAGAGAGAGAGAGGGAGGGAGCGAGAGAGAGAGUGUGUGAGAGAGACAGAAAGGCAGAGAGAGCGCACACAUGUACAUGAGAGAGCAGGAAUUGGUUUGAGAAUGUGUGCAUGUGCUUGUGUGUGAAAUAGAGAGAGGGAGGGAGAAAGACAGAGAGAGCGAGAGCGAGAGCGAGCGAGCGAGCGAGAGAGAGAGAGAGAGUCUGCGCGUUCUCGUGUAAGGGGAGCAAGGAAAAGAAGAAUUUCACCGCGGAGCUUGACUACAGCCGCAAUCAGAAAGUAAGACUCCUCCCCCUCUCUCUCAGACGGAAUGUGGCUGUACUUCCUGUCGGCGUGCGCCGGGGGCGUGGCCGUCCUGUACGUGCUGUACUCCUGGCUGAUCCCGGCCGCCGUGCAGUACAGCGGGUGGUGGGCGCUCCUGUGGCACGACGUCGUCGUGGAGCGCACGCUCGACGUCCUCACGGGCUCCACGCGACCCCAGCGCCUCCUGAGUGCGGUGCAGAAGAACGCCACCCGGGGAGACGCCCAGAGCGUGAUCUCCGCCAUCGACCACUUCUGCCGGCACAAGGAGUGGGCCAUGAACGUGGGCGACGAGAAAGGCCCCAUCCUGGACGGCGUGGUGAGCGAGGCGAACCCCGGCUCGGCCCUGGAGCUGGGCACGUACUGCGGCUACUCCACCGUGCGCAUCGCCCGCCUGCUGCCACCGGGGGCGCUGCUGAUCACGCUGGAGUUCAACCCGGCGUACGCCGCCGUGGCCAGGCAGGUCAUCGCCUGGGCGGGGCUGCAGGACAAGGUUCGGCUGGUCGAAGGGCCUUCCGGAGACCUGAUCCCCCAGAUGAAGGAGCUCUUCGGCGUCCAGACUUUCGACUUCGUUUUCCUGGACCACUGGAAAGACCGCUACCUGCCCGACGCCAAGCUGCUCGAGGAGUGCGGCCUGCUCAGGAAAGGCUCCGUGCUGCUGGCGGACAACGUCAUCUGCCCCGGGACCCCGGAGUACCUGGAGUACGUCCGAAACAGCCCCCGCUACGAGAGCCGCUACUUCCGGUCGCACCUGGAGUACACGCGGGCAGAGGACGGGCUGGAGAAGUCCGUCUUCCUGGGGUAGAGAGAGAGCGAGAGAGACAUGCGGACACGUCUCGCACGUCCAAAAACCGUUUACAGGAGCGAGAAGUCGCUCUCCUGCUUCCGUUUAGCAGCAGCUUUAACUGCAGUGCUCUCGUACCCAACGCAGAUAUUCCUUUAAAAAAAAUUUUAAGAAAAGGUGAAGCACAAUUGUCACACGUCAGUUCACUCUCUUGUGUGAAGCUGGACGGGCGGCGUUUAGAACGACGCGCUGUCUGGAGACUGCUACUGAAGGACCACUGAAAUGGAUCAAAUUGUGCAGUAUGAGUACAGAAAACUUAACCAAUCAGAAACCAGAAAGCCCCGAAUGUGCACUAUGAGUACUGAAAACUUAACCAAUCAGAAACCAGAAAGCCCUGAGUGUGCAAUGAGUACAGAAAACUAAACCAAUCAGAAACCAGAAAGCCCUGAGUGUGCAAUGAGUACAGAAAACUAAACCAAUCAGAAACCAGAAAGCCCUGAAUGUGCAAUGAGUACAGAAAACUAAACCAAUCAGAAUCCAGAAAGCCACGAGGGAGCUUUUUUAAUGUGAGUUACAUGCAGAUUUACCUUCAUUACUGUGUCCCAAAUAAAUCCAGUAUAUUUUUACUGGAUUUUAGGCAUCCUGUACAAAGUGAGUUACAAAGAACCAUCAGCUGGAUUAGUUUACAUUUUUACAUAAUACUGCACUACAUACAUCCCAUAAAACAGUAGAGAGAAUUUCAAUUUGCACUUCUCAUGGAUAAGUGUCUGAGAUUCCUUGAACCAAAAAGAGUGCCAAUGUACAUUUAAUUUCCCUUUGUGAUUGCUUUUUUAUGGGGCUUUAAUAAAUGCUUAAAUAUUUAAAACAUUAAACAUUAAAAAGUAAUAAAUGUUACAAUGUGU